AUGUGCGUUAAGCGUUUACUAUUCACAGUAAGUCAACGACGCGAGACGUGCGAAUAUCACGAUUGUGUUACCAAUUUAACUAUGACAAGUCUAAAUAAUUUAUCUACUAGUGAUGUUAACCGUUUAAGGGAUGGACGAAAACGGAAAAUCAAUAUGACAGAUUGGAAAAAUGUAAAAAACAAAACUCUUCGAAAUAGUGGGAAGGAAUAUACAUCUCAGAGUAAAAAGCUUGUACCAGCUAAGACACCUCCAACCGUGGAUCAAGUUUGUGACCAGAGUUCAUGUCCUUGGCAAGGUUGUGCAACAAUGACUUUAGCAAGAAAACUUUUAUUAUUUGACGAAUUUUAUAAGUUAACGUAUGAUGAACAAUCAGCUUUUUUGUAUAAGUGUAUAAAAGUAAAUGCUCCUGUGAGAAGACGACCAGGAAAAACAGAUGCUACAUCACGACGAUUUUGUUCAUUUAAAUAUUACAUAGAUGAUUUACAGGUAUGCAAAAAUACUCUUUUAAAUACGUUUUGUAUUAUAAGAAGACGUGUUAUGACGCUACAAGAUAAAAUUAAAUUAGGUAUUAUUACACCUAGGGAUAACCGUGGAAAACAUUUAAAUAGACCUCAUGCUAUUGAUGCCCCUGUAAGAGAUUUAAUUAGACUACACAUAAAUAGUUUACCUCGACAACCGUCUCAUUACAGCCGUAUCGCUACAGAUAACCUGCAAUGUUUGAGUUCAGACUUAAAUUUGUGUAAGCUUUAUCGAUCGUUUAAAAAUAAAUAUCCAGAUAUAAAUGUCAGUAAACGUAUCUAUAGAAAUAUUUUUCGGUCAGACUUUAAAUUACGUUUCGGCUAUCCGCGUUCAGAUACAUGCAAACAAUGUGAUUUUUUUUAUAAUAAAUUAGUGGCAGCUGAUACAGAGGAAGAAAGCAAAAAAAUAGAAAUUGAUAGUAAGUUGCAUCAUUCUAAAGCUGAGCAAUCGUAUGAUGCCCUUAAAAAAGAUACAGACAUCGGUAGACUCAAUAGCUCUAUUGUAGUGCUUUGCGUUGAUCUACAGCAAGUAUUAUUUUGCCCAACUCUUACACAUUCUAACAUGUUUUAUCAGAGACAACUUUCCAACUAUAAUUUAGCAAUUCAUAACGUAGCUAAUGCAAGAUUAGAAAAACCAUUUCGUAUUAUAGAAAUGUCUCAAAAUGAUUUUAAAGAUUUUUCUGCAUUAGAGCAAGAUAUUACAAAAAAAAAUCUAAAAAUAACACAAGCAAUGUGGUUGAAAUUGACAGCUGAUGCUCCUAAGCAUGUAAAUAUUCGUGAAAAUUUACCACCAGCCUACGAAUUCCCAGUGGCCUUAACAAAAGAAAAGAAAAAAGAUCUUUUAGACAUGUGCAAGUAUAUGCCUCAACAAUACAGUGACUUCUAUACAUCAUUACCUGGAUAA